UACACGCUCCAUUGUGUAUCGUUCAUGUUGGUCGGUGUGAGCGCAUGCGCAGUCCAAGUCAUAGUUGACUGAUUUAUCAGGAAGACAUUCGAUCGGAGCAGAAAGGAAGACCAGUAAAUAGCGCGAUGAAGUGUCUUUGGGCAUUGAUGCUAGUUUUCACAGCUCCGUGCACCAGCGUGCAAUGGUCCUCGAACGAAGAAACUGCAUUAGACGCCUUGAUAAUGGACGUUCUGUCCUGCUUUAACAUCCCAGGAUUGUCGUUGGCUUUGGUGAAAAAUGGACGUAUUAUUCUGGCGAAGGGCUACGGCGUAAAGGACGAAUUGAGCCGCGAACCUGUUAAAAACACUACACUAUUUGAUAUAGGCUCAUUGACGAAAGCAUUCGCUGCUACUUUGCUAUCGAAAGAAUUAUAUGGAAUGGGACUUCACUUAGACACACCGCUGACGUCAGUGGAAGGACUGCGCGAUUUGAAAUUUUCGACGGAAGAACUGACGUCACAUGUCACAGCUCGGGACCUUCUCAGUCACAGGACGGGCAUUCUCAACUACGACAAGGCCCGACUGAACGGAGAGAUAACGUUAGACAACCUUGCUGAACACCUACCGGAUUUCGAAGCAGGCUAUCCUCUCAGAAGCAAAUUCCUGUACAACAACCUCAUGUAUGGCCUAGUUGGUCACGUGACACAACGUUUGACCGGGAAACGCUGGGCAGAUGCCUUGCAGGACGAGUUGUUGACACCAUUACGCAUGCUCAAUACCGCCGUUCUCAACUCCACUAAUUAUGAACAAUUUCAUCUGCCGACACCCUACGAUUUUCCUGAUGACACACCUUAUGAACCUCGACAAAUAUCCACUGAUGUCUUGAAAUUAUGGUCAAUGAAUCCCCCGUCAAUGGCUAUCGUUUCCGACGCAAUAGACAUGGGGAAAUGGUUACUGUUUCAACUUAACAAGGGCAAGGCGGAGGGUGGCCUUCAAGUAGUUUCAAAGAAAGCUCUUGCAGAAGUUUACAGACCAGUGAUUCUAUCAUUUCAUCCCCGCAACAAACUUACAGUCCGACCAACCACUCCAGUCACUUUGCUUUUUGAAGAAUAUGGCUGUGCUUGGAAAAGUGGCCAUUACCGAGGAUACCCCAUAGUGGCACACACUGGGUCAACUCACGGAUUUUCUUCCAUUCUCUCAUUUAUUCCAUCAAAACAGAGUGGCAUCUAUUUGAAUUUCAACGCAAUGGACAGGCCUCACCUGCGAAGGCACGUCUUGAUGGCGCACUUGUUGGACGUCGUUCUGGAGGAGAAACCGUGGCUUAACAGUUCCACUAUUUGCACUUUUCCCGCACCAUUCGCUCAGUGGCAACACACCCCCAAGUCUGGAGUGAACAAAACCCCGGGUACAGGAACAAGACCACUGAACAAUUAUGCUGGGCAAUAUCACCACCCUGUAUUUGGCACCGUCACCGUGGCACAUAACGACACAGAGCCGUUUCUACGCAUGUUUUAUGGACCGCUAGGACAGUGGGUGCUUCAUCCAAAUAAGUCUGAUGAGUUUUAUGGGGAGGGCGAGGGCGCCGUUUGGAACUUUGAUCUUUGGGGUCUCAAGUUCAGUAGCCAAGACAAAAAUAGUGGUGAAAUUGAUGUUUUUGUCAUAACAUCUUUUGAAGAGAGAAAACCCCCAGUCUUCCUGAAGGUGACGGGAAAACAGACGACAUCUGUUUCGGAUGUAGGCUUUCUCUCUUACCUUAUAUUAUUUUUGUUUACUUUACUGGCAAGAUAUAAGUUGAAAAAAUUAAUACGAACAUAAAAUAGUUUAAAACA